UCGCUCCCGCACAUUUCUGCACGGCACGAGCGUAUCAACGCCUCCGACGUUAACAGAUGGAAGCUCUCAACAUGCCUGAAAGAGGCGAGACGAUCUCACGACAGACUUUCAAAACACUAUUGAUAAUUUAUGCUUUAGGAAAAUGGAAAGAUAAAUCUUGAAAAUUUUUUAUAAAUUACUCUAAGUAAAAUAGUGUUUUCUUUAUAAGAAAUAUGGCAAUUUAGUACGCUAUAUAGAAUAUUGCACAUUGGAGGUUAAGUUAAUCUUUGUUAAGAUGUUCAACAUUGCAAAACCGUGUUUAAAUAAACAUUUAAAAUUCCUUCAGUACCUGUGGCAACACAAUAAAUACAACACUUCAGUUGAUCCAAGCAAGACAAAACAGAAAAACUUACAAGCUAGGCAAAGAGAAAUCAUGGCACGUGGGCUACCAAAUAGAAAGCAAAUAAAAGAUGUGAAACAAAUUCUUCUAGUUGCCUCUGGCAAAGGUGGAGUUGGGAAAUCAACAACUGCAGUUAAUCUGGCAAUUGCAUUAAAAAUCAUAGAGCCAAAAAGGUCUGUUGGAUUGUUAGAUGCUGAUGUUUUCGGACCUUCUAUACCUGUAAUGAUGAAUAUACAUGAAUCACCAAUUAUAAAUUAUGAGAAGCUCAUGGAACCACUCAUAAAUUAUGGCAUAAAAUGUAUGUCAAUGGGCUUCUUAAUUGAUGAGAAAUCACCAGUAAUUUGGAGAGGACUUAUGGUGAUGGAUGCAUUGAACAAGUUGGUGAAUCAAGUAGCAUGGGGACCACUUGAUUAUCUAGUGAUUGACACACCACCUGGAACAGGUGAUACACAUCUUUCUCUUAUCCAGAAUCUCUUCAUCUCUGGUGCACUGCUAGUAACAACACCGCAGAAAGUCGCAUUGGAAGUAACCAGAAGAGGUGCAAACAUGUUCAAGAAGCUAGAUAUACCUGUUGCUGGCAUAGUGGAGAACAUGAGCACAGUCAUGUGUCCAAAGUGCAUGACUGAGGUACCUCUUUUCAAUAAUGACACAUUGUCAUUGGCCAAAGAGUUGGGUAUAAAUAUCUUACAGCAAAUACCAAUGCAUGAAAGCAUUGCAGAAGGUUCAGACAGUGGAAAACCAAUUGUAUUGUCAAUACCGAAAAGUAAGCAAGCACAGGCCUACAGAGAACUGGCAGAGCAUGUUGUUACGUUCCUGAAUGAACAAAAAAUAAGGACAAAUUAAUUUUCAGUUUAAUUUUUUUAUACUAGAAUGACAUCCUAUUCCUAAACAAAAUAUCUUAAUAUAUUAAUUAUUUUAAAAUGAAAA